CCAUGUGCAGCGCAGAGCCGGAGGCGCUGGGCUCCUGGGCAGGAAGGGACCUGAUGGCACAGCCUGAGCCCCUGCCAGAGCUGCAGCUGGAUGAAGCCAGAGCAUCCUCCUCCCUGCAGGGAGCAUCCGCAGGCGCUGCUCCGCACCCAGACCCUUCACACAGCCCGUCAGCCCCAGCAGUGGGUGAGGGGGUGGCACCCCUGCACGAGGACAGCCCAGACCCCUGCCAGGAGCUGCAAGCAGAUGGUGGGGACGCUUCCUUGGAGCUAAACAAGCUAAGGACUCAGCUGGACAAGGAUGUGGCUGGGGCUGGGCUCCCGCUGCACAUGGACACGGCAGGAAUCCCGCUGGUCGUGGAUGCAGAUGGAGCAGAGAUGCCUCUGAAUGCAGGUGGGGCAGGAAUCCCACUGGCUGUGGAGGCAGGUGGGACAGGGACCCCGCUGGACGUGGAUGCAGGUGGAGUGGACACCCCUCUGGAUGUGGAUGAGGCAGGGAUCCCGCUGGACGUGGAUUCAGGUGGAGUAGGGGUCCCACAGUACAUGGACACAGAUGGGUCAGGAGUCCCAGCUGAUGUGGACCCAGAUGGGUCAGGGAUCCUGCUGGACAUGGACGCAGAGGGGGCAGCGACUCCAGCUGACUCAGAUGGGGCAGGGAUCCUGCUGGACAUGGAUGCAGAGGGGGCAGGCAGCCCCCUGGAUGCAGAGAGUGCAGAGGAGCAUCAGUGCUUGAGCCUGGAAGAGCUGGGGGAAUACUUCCAAGAGUGCAUCGAAGCUGUGGAGCAGCUGGAGAAGGAGAGGGACGGGCUGAUCGCGGAGCUGGCCCAGCUGCGGGAGCCGGCGCUGCAGGAGAUCCGCCAUGCCCACCAGGAGAUCCAGGCGGCGUGCCGGCUGCUGGCCACGGUGGAGCUGGAGAGGGACAACCUGAAGGAUGAGAUCCGGCAGAUCAAGCAGAAGCUGUUCAGGGUGACGAAGGAGUGCGUGGCUUGCCAGUACCAGCUGGAGAGCCGGCGGCACGACCUGUCCCAGCACGCGGCUUACCGCGGCGAGCUGGAGAGCCAGGCUGGGCAGCUCUCCGGAGAACUGUCCCGCCUGAAGGAGACCUGCGAGAAGGAGAAGGAGGUUUUGAGGCAGCGCCUGGAGGCUCCCCCGUGCCGGCAGGACAACCUGUACCUGCAGGAGAGCCGCCGCCUCUCCGUGGAGUUCGAAAGCUUCGUGGCGCAGAGCCGGCGGGGGCUGGAGGAGCACUACGAGCCGCAGCUGCUGCGGCUGCUGGAGAGGCGCGAGGCGGGGGCCAAGGCGCUGCAGGAGAUGCAGGGGGAGAUCCAGGGCAUGAAGGAGGCCCUGAGGCCCUUGCAGGGCGAGGUCAGUCGGCUGCGGCUGCAGAACCGCAGCCUGGAGGAGCAGAUCGUCCUCGUCAAGCAGAAGAGGGACGAAGAGGUCGGGCAGUACCGGGAGCAGGUUGAGGAGCUGGAAGACAGGCUGAAGGAGCUGAAGAACGGGGUCCAGCUCCAGCAGCGCAAGAACCAGGAACUGGAGGAGCUGAGGACCAGCCUGCACCGGGAGCUCUCCAUCUACAAGGGCUGCUUAGAAAUCUACGGCCACCUCUGCAAAGCAGAAGAGAAAGCAGAGGAGGACUGUUAGGGAGGAGGGACUGCUCAUGGCAGCGAAGGACAGUCUGCAAGGGACAUCUCUUCCUGCUCAUCACACCCAGAGUGGGGAACACCAGACCAUCCCUGCUCCUCUGCACCCCUGCAGGCGCUGCUGUGGACCCCAAACUGCUUUUCCCCAGAGGAGCAGAGAACAAACUUGCACUGAACUGUGGGCAGAGGUGAAAGAGAACAGCCGUGUGCUUUGCUGUGUUUGGAAACGUGUCUCGUGCCGCAGGUGGGCUGUGUAAGCCUGCACUGAAAGGAUUCACUCUGCAAGCUGGUGGUAGGGGGGGGAUUUUUCAAAGUUUACAGGCAAGAGAAGCUUUAUCCUUUUAAGAGGAUUCUCUUUUGUAUUUCAAGGGUCUCUGCUGUAUUGUGACUUGCUUUAAGGUCCUUUCCUACCCCCAUGUUUCGAUGCUGCACCGUGUGCCACAGAAACUAGUUUGUGGAGAACAGGUUUCCACUUUAUCCAAGUCUCACACUGAAAAUAAAGGCCAGAGUCUAAGAAUCCUCUUAAUUCUCAAAGCUGUGUGGAGAACAGCAAAGCUUGGGUGUCAGUCCAAGGCACUUCUAUCCCUGCUGCAGAACCACAGCAUCAUUCUGUGUCAAGAGCUAAAGGCAGCCCCCAGGCCCAGGCAGCAGCACACUUCAGGUGAGAGGCAUCUUCUUGACUGCCUGGGGACAUCAAGUCUUCAAUGUACCCAUUUCACAAAG